AUGUCUGUGUGGGUGUAUUUCUGGACUCUCCGUUCUGGGGCGUCCCCAGGCAUUGUAACAGCCCAGACCAUCCCUCUCUCUACCGACACACCCGCGUGGCGGUCGGACCCGCAGCUGCUGGCACAGUUCUACCAUGCGGACGAGGAGCUGAGCCAGGUGGCCGCCGAGCUGGACAGCCUGGACGGGCGGAAGGACCCCCAGCGCUGCACGCUGCUCGUCAGCCAGUUCCGCUCCUGCCAGGACAACGUGCUGAACAUCAUUAACCAGAUCAUGGACGCGUGCAUCCCCCAGGACCGAGCCCCGCGGGACUUCUGUGUCAAGUUCCCUGAGGAGAUCCGCCACGACAACCUGGCCGGCCAGCUGUGGUUCGGCGCCGAGUGCCUGGCUGCCGGCUCCAUCAUCAUGAACCGCGAGCUGGAGAGCAUGGCCAUGCGGCCGCUGGCCAAGGAGCUGACCCGCAGCCUGGAGGACGUGCGCGGGGCGCUGCGCGACCAGGCGCUGCGGGACCUCAACACUUACACGGAGAAGAUGCGGGAGGCGCUCCGGCACUUCGACGUGCUGUUCGCAGAGUUCGAGCUGAGCUACGUGUCGGCCAUGGUGCCCGUGAAGUCCCCCCGGGAGUACUACGUGCAGCAGGAGGUCAUCGUGCUGUUCUGCGAGACGGUGGAGAGCGGCCUCGUGGUCUACGCGGACGGACCCCUGAACCUGGACCGCAAGGUGGAGGACAUGUCCGAGCUGUUCCGGCCCUUCCACACGCUGCUGCGGAAAAUCAGGGAUUUGCUGCAGACCCUGACGGAGGAGGAGCUGCACACGCUGGAGCGGAACCUCUGCAUUUCCCAGGACGUGGAGUUGCCCGUCCGGGCCGACGCCCCGGCGCCCCCGGCCCUGGCCCCGGCCGAGCCCAGACGCGCGGACGCGGAGCUGGCCUGCUCGGUCCAGAACGACGACCAGGAGCUGGAGCAGCUCAGCCGCCUGGUGCACAGCGCAGGGGACGCCAUGGCCUCGCUGCUGUCCCCGCCCAGCGCCGGCCCGUCCCCCGCCCACAGGCCGGGCGCGGCUGCCAGCCCCCGCGGGCGGGCGUCCCCGGGCCGCGCUCAGCUGCCCCCCGCCGGCGACGAGGAGGAGGGGAGGGUGUUCUUCAUGGAGGACGUGGACGGGGCGGCCGAGGCCCCGGGCGUCGACCCCCAGGAGACGGGGGAGGGCCGAGAGGCGCGGGUCGCCUCGCCCGCUUCGGCCAAGCGGGAGGACUCGAGCGACAGCAGCAGCGCCGAGGGCGCCGCGCUGCGGGCGGCGGCCCCCACCUCCUGCCCCUGCCUGGACUCGCGGCCGCACCUGGACGGCUGGGAGGCGGGCGCGGAGCACGCCGAGACGGCCGAGCUGAUCGCCCACCGGACCGGGGGCAUGAAGCUGUCGGCCACCGUCAUCUUCAACCCCAAGUCGCCCGCCUCCCUGGGCUCCGCCCGCGCCCACCCGGGAGUCCCGGGGAACGGCGGCCCCGCGGCGGCCGAGGGCGCGGCGGGCGGCCCGCACAGACUCAGCGCCACGGCCACCAACUGCCUCCUGAGCCCCUGCGUCUGCUGCGCGGGCUGCGCGGGCGCCGGCGAGGACGCGGCCGCCCAGAGUCUGCGGCGCAAGUGCGGCUCGGGCGGCGUCAUCCGCUCCGCCAAGGUGGGCGCCAAGGGCUCCGCCGCGGGGCCGCUGGAGGCCCUGCCCGCGGGCGCGCCGGACCCCGCGCCCUCCGAAGACGCCCCCGGCAGGCCGGAGCCCGAAGCCCCUGCUUCCGACAAGUGCCUGGCACACAGCUCAGGGCCCCCGGGGGACGCGGCGCGCAGGCUGUGCGGAGGGGUUGACGGCUCCCGCCAGCAGGAGGCCCCGCAGGAGCAGCCCCCGGCCCCGGCGGGCCCCAGGAGCAGAGUCACUCAUCGUGGGGACCACGCUGGGCUCGUGUGUCUGGGGCGUGUGCUGUGGUCCCUGCCUGGGUGUUGUGAGCGCUAUCGCUGCAACCGCGCUUGUGUGCGGUCGUGCGAGUCGGUUCUCCGGGUGUCCUCCGGAGUAGAGCUGGCGCCUCACAGGGGCCCUCUACACGCCGGGAGGGAGAGACGGAGCUGCGAGGAGGCCGGCACCCUGCUUGGGUCCAGGGCGCCGGCCAGGGUCCCCUUUACCCGCCUGAGCGAGAGCCCGUCGGCCCAGCGGCGUCCUCCUCCCUGGUCGUCCCUCGGCCAGGACGAGCCUUCGUCUCAGGUUGACCGACCAAGCGCCCAGUGGCCGCCCAGAGCGGUGUCUGCCUCUCGAACAGCCCCCGGCCUCUGGGUGGAAGGGCAGCGCUGCCGGGGAGCAGAUACAGGCCCUCAGCGGAAGCCAGCACAAGGCCGUGAUGUGGCGAUGCUCCAACAAGAAACGUUUAAAAACCACUGGUUCCCAAGUGACGGGGCCAUGCGGGCCCACCUGGGCGGCAGUGGUGGUGUGCGUUUCCUCGAGGACGCGUGGUGCCGCGUCUUUCCCGGCUCUAUGGCUGAUCCCUGCUCCCCAGACACGAGCGGCCCCGAGUCGGCGCCCGUGGCCGUCAGAGAGAAGAUGCGCUCCCGGUUCCACGGCAGCCACGACCUGGUCCACCGCCUGUUUGUCUGCAUCUCAGGCGUGGCCGACCAGCUGCAGACCAACUACGCCAGCGACCUGAGGAGCAUCCUGAAGACCCUCUUUCAGGUCAUGGCCACCAAGCCAGAGACGGACGACAAGGAAAAGCUGAAGAAGGUCACCCAGACCCUGCGGAGCGCGGCCCUGGAGGACUGUGCCCUGUGCCAGGAGACCCUGUCAUCCUCCGAGCUGGCCGCCAAGACCCGAGCCGGAGACUUGGAAGAUCCGCCCGAGUGGGUCCCGGACGAGGCCUGCGGCUUCUGCACCGCCUGCAAAGCGCCGUUCACAGUCAUCCGCAGGAAGCACCACUGCCGCAGCUGCGGGAAGAUCUUCUGCUCGCGCUGCUCCUCGCACUCGGCGCCGCUGCCGCGCUUCGGGCAGGUGAAGCCGGUCCGCGUGUGCACGCACUGCUACAUGUUCCACGUCACGCCCUUCUACAGCGACAAGGCGGGCAUCUGA